AAAAACACCGAGCGCAGCAGUUGGUUGGAAAAUGGAAGCAGAGCAGAGUCCGAAAUCUCUUCAUCUUUCACCCACUCAUUUCCCUUACUUCUCAAAAUGGAUCGAAUUCACCACAAUUUCAUCCAGGUUGGAGCUCUGAAGCUCCAUGUAGCCGAGAUCGGAACUGGUUCCAAUGUCGUCGUCUUCCUGCACGGAUUUCCGGAGAUAUGGUACUCAUGGCGGUACCAGAUGAUCGCUCUUGCUGACGCCGGAUUCCGAGUACUCGCUCCCGAUUACAGAGGAUAUGGACUCUCGGAUUCCCCCGCUGAGCCUUCCAAAGCUUCAUUUAGCGACCUCAUCAGCGAUCUCCUUGGGAUUCUUGACGCUCUCAACAUACCCAAGGUGUUUGUUGUUGCGAAAGAUUUUGGAGCAUGGCCAGCUUACUACUUUGCUUUGAAACAUCCUGAAAGGGCAUUGGGAAUUGUCACAUUGGGAGUGCCAUUCCUUCCUCCUGAAUCUUUGAAGCAUUCCCAAAGCAACAUCCCUGAAGGCGUGUAUACUUUAAGAUGGCGGGAACCUGGGCGAGCUGAGGCGGAUUUUGGUCGCUUUGACGCGAAAACUGUUGUCAGGAAUGUUUAUAUCCUCUUCUCCAAAAGUGAAAUACCUACUGCUCAAGAAAAUCAAGAAGUAAUGGACUUAGUAGACCCAUCCACCCCUCUUCCACCUUGGUUCACCGAAGAAGAUCUAGCAACUUAUGGAGCUCUCUAUGAGAAAUCUGGAUUUGAUACUGCAUUGAAAGUUCCUUAUAGGUCGUUCAAUGAAGAUUGGGGAAUAAAAGAUCCAAGAGUUGAAAUUCCAGCACUUUUUAUAAUGGGCGAAAAGGACUAUGUUUUCAAAUUCCCCGAAGUUGACGAAUACGUAAGAAGUGAAAGAGUUAAAGAUUUCGUUCCAAAUUUGGAGAUCGUCUACUUACCAGAAGGAUCUCAUUUUGUUCAGGAGCAAUCUCCCGAAGAAGUCAAUCACCUAUUACUUACUUUCCUUGCCAAGUAUAUUUGACAAUGGACACAUAUAAUUAGUCAAACAUUAGCAUGACUAAAUCAUGUAAGAACUUUGAGGUUCAAAUCUCCCACUUAAAUAAAUCUGUGACUAGUUUCUGAUCCA